AUGUCAAAACAAGAGUUUGAGAAACUCAAAUCGAACACUGGUAUUCUAAUAUCCACAAAUGGUUUUUUUUCGACAACAAAAAAUAGGAAUAUCGCGUUAAGGUUUGCUGCACCCUCGAGAGGUCUCGAUCUUAAUACGCUCGUUCUGUUUGAGAUUAAAGUUGAUAAACAAUUGUCAACGACAAUAGUUGCUGACAUAGAUAAAUAUAGUCGAAAUGAAGGUGAAGAAGAAUAUUUAUUCAGUCUGUGUGCUGUAUUUAGAAUCGAUGCAGUAGAGUUUGAUUUAUCAUUGAAUUUGUGGAAAACUCAUAUGACGGCAACAGAUGACGGAUCUAAACAGCGAGAAGAUUAUCUUACUUAUAUAAGUCAACAAACGGUCACAGGUGAAUAUACACCAACUAUUCUAUUUGGACGUCUUUUACUCUGUGAAAUGGGACAAAUAGAGAAAGCCGAAAAAUAUUUUAAUAUGUUAUUGAAAACGUUACCAUACGAUCAUGCAGACAUGCCGGCGGUGUAUAAUAAUAUUGGAAAUGUCUUACGUCGAAAAGGUGAAUUGAAUUUGGCACUGGAAAACUAUACAAAAUCCUAUAACUUGUGUCAGCAACGUUUGACUUCAGAUAAUACUCAACUAGCAGAAUCAUUAAACAAUAUCGCACUUAUUCAUCGGCAGAAAGGCAAUUAUGAUCUAGCUAUGAUGCAUUAUCGACAGGUAUUCGCGAUCUACGAAAAGAAUUAUUCCGGUGAUCAUGUGACGAAAGCAAAGACAAUGGACUGCAUUGGUAUGGUAUACAAAUUGAAAAAAGACUACAUAAUGUCACUAGAUUAUCUUCAUCAAGCAUUUAGAAUGUUUGAACGGGUAUUGCCUGCGGAACAUCCGGUGCGUGCACAAACCCUUGGCAACAUUGGACUCGUUUACGAAGACCAGAAAGAUUUCGAUAGUGCUCUGCAAUAUUACCAACUUCAAUUAGAAAUGGAAGAGAAAAUUUUAUCCAGUGAGCAUUCAAACCUUACCCGUGAUUUAGAUUCAAUUGUACGCAUUCUCAAAAAAAAAGGUCAACAUGAAACUGCUCUGAAUUUCUGUCAGAAAAAACUCUCAACACAACGGGCAAACUUACCGAAAAAUCAUAUAAGAAUUGGACAUAUGCUUAAGACACUUGGUGAUAUAUUUCGUGACAAAGAGCAGAGUAGCAAGGAAGCCUUAGAGUGUUACGAACAAGCUUUAGCUAUAUUCGAAAAUUGCAGUCCAACAAAUCAUUCAGGUUUGAUUGAUUGUUUAAUUGCAAUUAGUGGUCUUUAUUCCAAUGCUAAUCGGUUUGAUGACGCUCUGACAAACCGAUUCAAAGCGUUCGAUUUUCAACAGAGAAUACAAUCACCAAGCAAUCCAUCUCUGGCUUGGGCAUUAAAGGACAUCGGUCGGAUUUAUUUCUGUAUGAAUAAAUACAUACAAGCACUCGAUUAUUACAUGAAUGCAUUGAAAAUAUUCGAAAAAAAUUAUGAUCACGAACAUAAGCAUGUCAAAAAUAUUCAAAAUCAGAUUGCCACAGUAAGAAAUAAAAUUGACUUAGCGGGAAAAAACAAUGUGAGUCCAUUUGGUACCAUUCCUGAUCAUGAUAUCAGAACAAAUGAUAACGGAACGGUACUAAAAAUAACAAAAUCUGUAUCUUCCAUUACCACAACUGACACUGACUGUACAGAAGAAAGCAUUAGCUCACUUCACUUAGUGAGCUAUUUGGAUGAUGAUUUUGAUAGAAUACAUCUUGAAUCUGAAAGUUCCGACGAAGAAGUGACAAAUGACGAGGUCAAUUCAAACGUCUGGAAGGAAAUUAAAUCGGAAUCGGAUGAUGAAUUUAUAGAAGGUCAUGGUCUCGUCGAAGAAGUAACUUCCACGUCAGAAGACAAUACAAUCGAUCCUAUCGAUUGCUAUCGACAUUUCAUUACGGACGAAAUUAUUGACCUGAUGGUACGUGAAACUAAUCGCUAUGCGGAGCAAUACUUGCAAACUCAUGAGAUUAGCAGACGGUCAAAAUUUCGUCAAUGGAAACCGCCCAUGUAG